CUCGAGUCUUCACUAAAUAGUUAAUCAGUUCCAUUUUUCUCUACAACAGUAAAACAACUACCAAACAACAAAACAGUCAAAAUGUUCAAAUACUUCGCUCUCGUUUUCGUCGCCCUUUUCGCCUUCGCCGCUGCCGAGCCUAAACCCGCUGUGGUAGCAGCGCCAUUCGCCUACUCAGCCCCAUUGGUCGCCUCUCCCUACGCCGCUGCCUAUGCUGCCCCAUAUGCCGCUUACGCUGCCGCACCCUAUGCCGCCUACGCUUCACCCUACGCGGCCUAUUCCGCCUACUCCGCUUACCCAUACAGCGCCGCCUAUGUGCUCCGCAAGUAAAUUAUAGAGGAGAAUAUGAGCGAAUAUUAAAAAAAGCUGAAAAUGACGCAAUAUUCAAUAGACAAACGGUCGAAAACUUACGAACAAAAAAUAAAUAAAUGAAAAAGUAAAACCGAAAA